AUGAUAAAAUAAAAAGUCUAGGGGCAUAUUCAAAGUGGGAGUAAUAAUUGGAAUAGUAUUAUCAAUUGUAGAAAUUUAGGACCUGGAGUAAAUCAAAAUAUAAAGAUUUAGGAGUCUUCUAAAGGGUAACAGAACUUAUCAGAAAAGUGCGGUAUCCUUAAAGAAAAUCAACAACUUUGA